AGAGUAUUUCCCCCUUGAAGCCGUGACAUUCCUCCACUCUCGAUCGCCGGCUCGUCCAGUUGCCGCCUCCAAAGAGAAGCCAUGAAUGCUGCUCUCACCGUCGCCGUAGCCGGGGAAGAAAUCGACGAGGCCGUAGCCGGGGAAGAAAUCGACGAGGCCGCCUCUCGGGCUCAGGCUGACAUGUCGGAGAUCAUGUCGUCGCUCCCACGGUGCCCGGUGUACCUUACUCACCACUACCGCGGCUUCUGGAUCCGCGAGUUCGUCCUCAAGGGCAUGGCCGCCGCUCAGGCAUCCUUCGAGCCAAGGCCAACCGACGUCUUCCUCGCCAGCUGCCCCAAGUCCGGCACCACCUGGCUCAAGGCGCUCGCCUUUGCGACGCUCAACCGCGCCACGCACUUGCCGUCCGACUCCAACCACCCGCUAUGCCACCGCAACCCGCACGACUGCGUCGCCUUCCUCGAGACCAGGCCCGUGCCUGAGACCAUGGCGCUCCCUUCUCCCCGGCUGCUCGCAACCCACAUCCCCUGCUCCCUCCUGCCCAGCCGCAUAACGGAAUGCGGCCGGGUCGUCUACGUGUGCCCGGAGCCAAAGGACGCUCUGGUCUCCUUCUGGAUCUACAACAACAAGAUCGCGCCGAUGCUGCGCCGGAAGUUCGGCCUGGAGUCUCCCUCGCCCACGUUCGAGGAGGCGUUCGAGCUCUUCUGCGAGGGGCAGAGCAGCUUCGGACCGCCGUGGCGCCACGCCCUCGAGUACUGGGAGGAGAGCCGGAGGAGGCCUGGGAAGGUGCUCUUCCUCAGGUACGAGGACAUGCUGCAAGACCCCACAGGCAACACCAAGAAUCUCGCUGCGUUCAUGGGGUGCCCGUUUUCUUGCGCGGAGGAGGAGGCAGGGGUGGUGCAGGAGAUCGUGCAGCUCUGUAGCUUUGAGAAACUCAAGAGCUCGGAGGUGAACAAGAAUGGCAGCAGCGCCAUGAUGGGCGUCAACAACGACGUAUACUUCAGGAAGGGAGCGGUCGGCGACUGGAAAAACUACAUGACGCCGGAGAUGGCGGCGCGGCUGGACAAGAUCGUCGAGGAGGCGCUUCAAGGUUCAGGCCUGACCUUUGGCAUCUCCAUGUAGAAGGGAUGGGGAGCGAAUUGUUGCUAUGAAGCAUAAAUUUUCGUAUUUGACAAUCCCAAAGAAAAUAAGGUCUUAUGAUUAAAGAAUCUCACAAGUGAUAUUUAUUUAUUUAUUUACGAAUCACAAGUGAUAUUCUUUCAGAUCAUUAGUUUUCUACCCUAUGAAAGUGACAUGUAUUAAAAUAAUAAAUUUACUUGCUUAAUCUA